AUGAAUGCCGUCCGGUUUCACGGCCAACACGACCUACGCUACGAAAAGAUACCCGUUCCAGAAGUUAAGCCUGGCCAAGUGAAAAUUCGACCAGCUUUCGUCGGAAUCUGCGGAUCAGAUUUGCACGAGUAUCUCGGUGGUCCAGGUCUCUGUCCUACAACACCCCAUCCCAUAACCGGCGAGAGUGUCCCAGUGACCUUCGGCCACGAGUUCAGCGGCAUAGUCGAGGAAGUAGGCGAAGGAGUAGCGGAGUACAAGACCGGCGACCGUGUCGUAGUCCAGCCUAUCAUAUACGACGGUACAUGCGGCGCAUGUGAAGAAGGACUGCAGAACUGCUGUUGGAGUAACGGAUUCGUAGGAUUGAGCGGCUGGGGCGGCGGUCUGGCCGACCAUAUCGUCCUCCCAACAUCAACAUUGUACCACCUCCCAGACAACGUUCCACUCGAGAUAGGUGCGCUCGUCGAGCCUCUCGCUGUCGGCUGGCACGCCGUGAAGUUGAGCCCCUACAAACCCGGCAACGCAGUGCUGAUCCUCGGUGGCGGUCCGAUUGGCAUAUCUACCAUUUUGGCCCUCAAAGCAAAGGGUUGCGAGAAGAUCAUUGUCUCCGAGGUCUCGCGUCGACGUCAAGAGUUCGCUAAGAAGUUUGGCGCAGACUACAUCAUCAACCCCCUGACCGAAGACCUCGUAGCCCGGUGCCGUGAGCUCACAGACGGUCGUGGUGUGCAUAUCGUCUUCGACUGCGCAGGUGUGCAAGCAGCAUUGGAUCAGGCAGUGCACGCCACGCGUGCGCGGGGAUGUAUCGUGAACAUCGCGAUUUGGGAGAAGCCGUGUACAAUCACGCCCAAUGAUUUCAAUUUCAAGGAGCGGACAUAUAUAGGCGUAGCGACGUAUGAGGUAGGGGAUUUCCAGGAGGUCAUUGAUGCGUUGGCCGCGGGGAGUAUGGAGCCAAGCUCUAUGAUUACACAGCGGAUUAAGCUGACCGAAGUUGAAGAGAAGGGAUUCAAGGCACUGAUUAAUGAUAAGGACAACCAGGUCAAGAUCCUGGUUGAAGUUGGGGGUGGAGAUUGA